AUGGACUCGAAUGCGGGGCGAAGGCCCGUGGACGAGUCACUGCACCGCGAACUUCCCCAGCUCUCUGUCCGCAUUGCCCCUCUGCGGGAUCCAGGCUCGUCGCGAAAUUUGAGUGUUCCCUCUCUCCUAGAACCUGAUUCAAGAGAGAAGCCCGAGCCCAAGGAUGUUUCCAAGUCUACAGCCAGUGGGAUUGCCCCUACAAUAAGCACAGCAGGCCUACCAACAGAGAACGAGUCCGUGGCGACUACGCCAACUAAACUCCCCGAGGCCUCUGCAGAUACUCAGUCAAGUGCUGAGCUCCCUCCCCGACCAAUACUGCCAGCUUUCGUGAACCUGCGUGCAUUGGAGCGCUUCCCUUUUUCGUCUUCAUUUGACGAUGAUGCUCUCCACGGUCCACGCAAGCGUCGUCGGGUAGAUCUCCAAGCCGAAUCCUUUGGCGAGCAUCUACAACUACCAAUCCCGCAGGCACAAAAGGAACAAAGACCUCCGCCUUUUGGACCGUUUGCUAUUCUUAACGGACUCAAUGAGCCUCCGCCAAAUGCUGCUCUACUCCCUCCAAUCGAAGCGGGCUCCAUCAGUCAUCUUCUUACAAAGCCGUCUCGACGUGUCGCUGGUGAGACAGAACCAACUAGUGGCGGCUCUGAACUCAACACAACGCCAGACGACCAACCUAACCAACCUACAGAGGCAAAGGAUGCAAAACUCAAAGAAAUACUCGAGGCUAAAAUUGAUGGACACGAUCCUGAUGAUUCCCACAUCCCUCGCGUUACUGAACCGGCCAAACGAGACCAAAAUAAGACCGCUGCGCCAGCGACAAUCAAGCCGAAUGAGAAGAUUGAGGAAGAAAAGGCAACUCGUCAAUCAUCCACUGGGAACGAGCCCCUUUCGCCCAAAUCUCGAGGCAGGUCACGUAAGAAUGUCAGGAAAUGGACCGAGGAGGAAACGACCGAUCUUCUCCGCGGAGUCGUCAAGUGUGGCAUCGGAAAUUGGACCGCUGUUCUUGCUCAACCGGAGCUGAAGUUCAACAAGCGAACAGCGUCGAACCUCAAGGACAGGUUUCGAGUCUGCUGUCCUUGGGCAUAUCGUGCUUCUGACCCAAAUGAAGCAACCAAGCAACUCCGUGAUAACCUAGCCAGCACGCUUUUGAAAGCUCACGCCGAGGCUUCCGAUGAUUCAUCCAAAAAGACGCGCCCGCCAAUACCUUCUCUCGCCAGUACCAGCUCUGAAUCAAGUUUUGCGUCAAACAGUUCAGGCGUGAGCUCUCAUAAGCCUUCUUUGUCUAGCCUGUCUUCAGCUACAACUGAGACCGAAGCCGGAGCCGCAAGCACAGGCCAACAGAGCUCCCCUCCAGAAACACCCACCUUUAAACUCUCGCCUAAAUCCGAAAAGACCCUGGAAUCCCUCGGGAUCCCAGACGCGCACGUAAGCACGAAAUCCAAACGUCGCUCCCGCCGGCCGUUUACCACUGCAGAAGACGAGGCCUUACUCAAAGGCUAUGCUGUCCACGGCUUCCAUUGGACCCUCAUCCAACAAGACAAGCUGCUCAACUUGGGCCAUCGCAAAGCUACCGACUUGCGCGACCGCUUCCGCACCAAGUUUCCGCAUGUUUAUAGGGACGGCGGCUCUGUCAGUGGCAAGCCGUUGACGCCAAACCCAGACCCUCCAAUUGGAAAUAUUGGAACUGUGCCUCGAAACGAACCUCCAAGCCAAGAGUCCACGCCUACAAAGGCCGCGGCGCAGCGACGCUCUGAUACACAGAGUCAUAGCCGUCAAUCAUCCGGCUUGUUUGAUCCAUCUUUUUUACCGCCGCCGCAGGGAAUCCUUGAGCCUUCCAAUAAUUCGCUAUCAUUUGGCUUGGAGGGCAGUGCGGCUGCAGGCCCAUCCUCACCCUGGGAGGAUAAUACCCUUGCUCCUAUGGUUUGGGAUGAUUUGGGUUAA